GCUGCGGCGUAUGAGAGAAUCUCUUUCUAACUUGGUGGACUAAAGAUGAAGAAGGGGUCAUCAGUCUCACUCAUUUAAAGACAUUUAAACUGUCAGCGUGCUGGAUUUUUUUUCCCCCCUGCAUCUAUUCUGUGCAGCCUCAGGGUCUCUGAUCCUCUUUACCACUUCACUUUUCAAACACAAACGUGCCCUGGAGAGAGAGGGAGAGAGGGAGAGAGGGUAGGCUUCGCUCUCUGUAUAAGAAAUGGACGUGGACCGAGGAUUCUACCGUCAGGUGGACGUCCAGGACCACGCUCACUACAUCGUUGCCUUCUUUGUCUUCGUGAUUGGAACAGUGGGUGUUAGCGGGAACGCCCUCGUCAUGUACGCCUUUUUCUGUAACAAGAAUCUUCGGACACCUCCGAACUUUUUCAUCAUGAAUCUGGCCGUCAGUGACUUCCUCAUGGCCGUGACACAGUCCCCGAUCUUCUUCAUCAACUCUCUUUACAAAGGCUGGAUCUUUGGUGAAACUGGAUGUAAAAUGUAUGCCUUCUGUGGCGCUUUAUUUGGCAUCACCUCCAUGAUAAAUCUCCUGGCUAUCUCUAUAGAGCGCUACAUUGUCAUCACUAAGCCUCUGCAGGCCAUACGAUGGACCUCAAAGAAGCGCACUUGCAUCUUUAUUGCCUUGGUGUGGUUGUAUUCAUUAGCCUGGAGCCUUGCACCACUGUUGGGGUGGAGUUCGUAUAUUCCCGAGGGCCUGAUGACCUCAUGCACGUGGGACUACGUGACAUCUACUCCGUCCAACAAGAGUUACACUUUGAUGUUGUGCUGCUUUGUGUUCUUCAUCCCUCUGGGCAUUAUAUCCUACUGUUACCUGUGCAUGUUCCUGGCAAUCCGCCACACGAGCAGAGAUGUGGAAAAGUUGGGCUCUCAGGUGAGGAAGUCAACCCUCAUCCAACAGCAGUCCAUCAAGACUGAAUGGAAGCUGGCCAAGAUUGCCUUUGUAGUCAUCAUAGUGUUUGUGCUUUCCUGGUCACCUUAUGCAUGUGUCACCCUCAUCGCCUGGGCUGGAUAUGGAAACAUCCUCAAUCCCUACUCUAAAGCCGUGCCUGCUGUUAUAGCCAAGGCAUCAGCAAUCUACAACCCUUUUAUCUACGCCAUCAUUCACGCCAAAUACAGGGACACUCUUGCAAAAAAGGUUCCCUGUCUGCGCUUCCUAAACCAGGCCUCCAGGCGGGACUGCAUAUCCAUAUCACACAGCGAGUCGUCCUUCAGAGACUCAAUGUGGAGCAGACAGUCGUCAGUCUCCAAAACCAAGUUUCACAGAGUUUCCUCUCUGUCUACAUCAGACACACAGGUUUGGAGUGACGUGGAGCUGGACAAUAUGGACCAGAGCCAUCGCGUGAAGUCGAGCUACUCGCUCGGAGCUCUAAAGGACAAAGAGUACAAAUCAUUGGCAAAACAGAUUGAUGAAAGGGGAAGCCAUAGCCAACAACAAAUAAGUUUCCGUCCAGAGGAUCAUUGAACAGAUGUGGAAGAAAGGGGUGAUGAGUCAUUACAGCAAAAAAAAUAAAGUGAAGAAACAGGAAGAUAAGCAAGAGACAGUGGGGUGAAAAUGAACAGUGACAAGACAAGUGGAGACAGACGGAGAUGGGAAGAGUUGCAGGAUUUCGUGAGGUCAGACUCUCUGGAUGACACAGCAGAAUCACAAUCCUGAGCCAACAUCAGACCCAGCUGCACAGUGAGGCCUUCUGCGGGGAAGUGUUGAUCGCCUCUGGUCCACUCUGCGUCUGCGAAGAUUUCUGUUCCCCCACCAGGAAGCUUAAAUGUUAUUUAUUUAUUUAUAUGGCUAUGUGUAACUGUAACAUGGAAGAGUGAAUCAGCAAAGUUGUAGCUGUUAAAUUUCAGCCAGCCA